UGUUUAGAUUUCUCCGCGGCGCCGCGGCCUCGGCAGAGCGCGCCACUCCUUCGUCGAGGCAGGACGUGCGCCCUAGCCAGCCGAGCCGAGGCCAGCAGGAGCAGUGCCCAGCCAAGGCCAGCCGUGCCCAGUGGCCCCAAGACUUGGGCAUCCUCUGACCCGGGCAUCCUCUGCCUUCUGUCGGCUUCGCGCGUCUGCACAGCAGUCCCCGCCUCGUCGGGAACCUCGGGUGCAGCCGGCGGAUCGCUCCUGCUGCAGAGCCAACAUGCCCAUCACUCGGAUGCGCAUGAGACCCUGGCUAGAGAUGCAGAUUAAUUCCAACCAAAUUCCCGGGCUGAUCUGGAUUAAUAAAGAGGAGAUGAUCUUCCAGAUCCCAUGGAAGCAUGCUGCCAAGCAUGGCUGGGACAUCAACAAGGAUGCCUGUUUGUUCCGGAGCUGGGCCAUUCACACAGGCCGAUACAAAGCUGGGGAAAAGGAACCAGAUCCUAAGACGUGGAAGGCAAACUUCCGCUGUGCCAUGAACUCCUUGCCAGACAUAGAGGAGGUGAAGGACCAGAGCAGGAACAAGGGCAGCUCAGCUGUGCGGGUAUACCGGAUGCUUCCACCCCUCACCAAGAACCAGAGAAAAGAGAGAAAGUCCAAGUCCAGUCGAGACACUAAGAACAAGGCCAAGAGAAAGUCAUGUGGGGAUUCCAGCCCUGACACCUUCUCUGACGGACUCAGCAGCUCCACUCUGCCUGAUGACCACAGCAGCUAUACAGCUCAGGGAUAUGUGGGGCAGGACCUGGAGAUGGAGCAGGUGCUUACUCCAGCACCAUCACCGUGUGUUGUCAGUAGCACUCUCCCCGACUGGCACAUCCCAGUGGAAAUUGUGCCAGACAGCACCAGUGACCUGUAUAACUUCCAGGUGUCACCCAUGCCCUCCUCCUCUGAAGCUGCAACAGAUGAGGAUGAGGAAGGGAAAUUACCUGAGGACAUCAUGAAGCUCUUGGAGCAGUCUGAAUGGCAGCCGACAAGUGUAGAUGGGAAGGGGUACCUGCUCAAUGAACCUGGGGCCCAGCCCACCUCUGUAUAUGGAGACUUCAGCUGCAAGGAGGAGCCUGAAGUUGACAGCCCUGGGGGAGAUAUUGGGCUCAGCCUACACCGUGUCUUCACAGAUCUGAAGAACAUGGACACCCUCUGGCUGGACAACAUGCUGCCCCCAGUCAGGCUGCCCUCCAUCCAAGCCAUUCCUUGUGCACCAUAGCUGGGCCUUUUAGCCUCCUUUCUCCCCUAGCGAGCAGGACCUGGCAUCAUGGUAGCUAUGGUACUCCUGAACUCCUGUGGGCCCCUCGACAUAGCAAAGUGUGACCCCACUGCUAAGCAGGGAUGGAACUUCCCUCUUUGGGUCAGUGGACUCUCAGGACCUGGCAGGCCAGGGUCUGGGUUCGUCUUGUGCUAUGAAGCUGGCCCUGCCUCCUGAGAAAAUGGGGUUGAGGUUCUGAGAUUGGCGUGUCAGGUGGACUUGGACAGGAGUCAGCCUCCAACUUUUCUGUGUGAUCCCAGCUGCCUGGAGAGGGUCUCUCUGUCACUGAGUGGCCCUGCGGGGACCAGAUCAGUGACCUCAGAAGAGAAUAGUGCCAACCCCAGGGCUGGCUCUGCACUAACAGACAAUUGCACUAAGUGAAUCUAUUCCCAAAGAACCCCUUCCCAGCUGAGCCCUGGGGACUGUUCCAAAGCCAGUGAAAUGUGAAGGAAAAUUGGGGUCCUGCAGGGUGGUGCUCCGUCAGCCUCAGAGGAGCCCUUCCCUGCUCCAUACUUCAAGUGAGGGGCUUGGGAAAAGACAUGGCACUUUUUCUUGUGGACCUUGCCACAUUCCUGAUCAGAGGUGUACACUAACGUUUUCCCCAAGCUCUUGGCCUUCGCAUUUAUUUAUACAGUGCCUUUCCCUGUGCCCACCACCCCCUCGGGCCCUGGAAGCUCUCAGCAGGUCCAAGGAGGAAAGUGUGAGCGUCUUGGUAUGACUUAAAAUUGGAAAUGCCAUCUAGCCAUUAAGUCAUGUGUGAUCACAUAUAGACAUGUUUGUAAAUAUGUAUAUAUUUGUCUUUUUAUAAAAAGUCAAUUGUU